CUCUCUGUUUUCUACCUUUAACCCUCCUCAGGAUGGCGUGGCAACCACCUACUAUCGGUAAUCGCUAUGUAGCAGUGCUUGGUGCCGGCACGCUCGGCCGUCGAAUUGCUUGUACUUGGGUUGCAGCAGGCUACAAUGUAACCAUCAGAGAUCCGAGUCCAGAUCAGCGGCAUGCUGCUGUUCAUUUUAUUGACAACAACCUUGCCACUUUUGCUAAGACCCUUGGUGACAAGCAAGUCCCGGGACAAUAUGCUGCAUUUGCAGAUUUGGACCGUGCUGUGGAGGAUGCCUGGUUUGUGAUCGAAGCUAUUCCAGAGAAGCUUGAUCUAAAAAUCGCCACGUUUGGUGACCUUGCGGAGAAAGCACCAAGGGAUUGCAUUUUCGGAUCUAACUCAUCAUCCUACAAGUCACGGCUGAUGCUUGACAAAAUGGAUGAUGAGGCUAAACGGCGCACCCUGAAUGUCCAUUAUACCAUGCCCCCGGGAAAUAGGGUCGUAGAGCUGAUGACUAGCACCCAUACUUACGAUGACAUUUUCCCUUUCCUUGUUUAUAAGCACCGGGAAAUUGGGCUGGUGCCAGCCGUCGCACGCAAGGAAUCUACUGGUUUCAUCAUCAACCGUCUAUGGGCAGCUGUGAAGAGAGAGACUCUAACGAUCUUGGCAGAAGGAGUUAGUGAUCCAGAACAGAUCGAUAAUCUAUGGAUGGAAAUGUUUGGCGGCACGGCAGGGCCCUGUAGCAUGAUGGAUGCAGUUGGCCUCGACACAGUAGCCUUUAUUGAGGAUAACUAUAUUCAGGAACGCCACCUGGACAGCGCAAAUACGGUAGACUGGCUGCGCAAGAAUUUCGUCAACCAAGGACGAUUAGGCGCAAAAUCUGGAAAUGGAGGGCUUUAUCCGGCUGGUUUCACGACGAAAUCGGCUGCUGAUAAUGCCAGUCAUCACGACAACUUGGCCGCACCAACGCUCUAUGUCCUUGAUAUAGGGUUGGGUGAAAAUGUCACCGACAGUUUCCUUACAGCUGGCAAAAUCUACACUGCUUCGGCCAAUGGUCAGAAUGUGAAAAAGAUAGUCGAUGGCCUUGCAGGGCCUGAUGGAGUCGAUAUUAGUGUCAGUCAUGGUCGGAUCUUCUGGACAAAUAUGGGGAUACCCUCUGAAAACGAUGGGUCUAUCCAAUCAUGCAACCUAGAUGGUUCUGAUAUCAAGACAGUCGUUCCACCUGGAGCAGUACACACACCAAAACAACUGUGCAUUGACCAUACACACCAGAAAUUGUACUUUUCGGAUCGCGAAGGAAUGAGGGUUCAUAGAGUCGAUUUUAAUGGUAGCCAGCAUGAGAUCCUCAUCCAGACUGGUGAUUAUCACCAUCUCUCCCAUAAAGAUGACCAGAGCAGAUGGUGUGUGGGAAUUGCCGUUGACCUAAAACACGGCAAGUUCUACUGGACUCAGAAGGGUUCUAGCAAGUCGGGUCAAGGAAAGAUCCUCCGGGCAGACAUCACCUUGCCGGCAGGUUCAAAGGCCUCCACGCGCUCAGAUAUUGAAACUCUCUUUGAAAACCUACCCGAGCCGAUCGACUUGGAGGUUGACUCGGAGAAUGAACUCCUAUAUUGGACUGACAGAGGCGAGUACCCUCUUGGCAAUUCAAUUAAUCGUGGCUAUGUUGGACCCAAGACUGGGGAUUCUAAUGCAGCCAAAUUCACGAUAUUAACGAGGCACUUGCAUGAGGCGAUCGGUCUACGCUUAGACAAGGUAAACAAACACAUUUACUUCACCGAUCUAGGAGGGUCAUUGUACCGCACAGAUCUCCAGGGUGGAAACAAGACGGUUAUAUAUAGCGGUAAAGCUGCUCUUUCAGGACUCGCUUUGGCAUACAUCAAUUAA